AUGGAGGGAGGAGUGGACACCAAGGCCAUCCUCGAUAAGCUCACUAUCGAAGAAAAGAUUUCACUUCUUGCCGGCGCCAAUAUAUGGGAGUCUGUCGCCAUUCCCGCCAAGGGCGUGCCCGCGUUCAAGACGUCUGAUGGCCCCAAUGGCGCGCGGGGCGCCAAGUUUGGCGACGGCUUGACCUCUGCUUGCUUUCCGGCGGCAUGCUGCAUCGCGGCGACAUUUGAGCCCGAGCUAGCUCUGCGCGUAGGGAGGGCGCUCGCGAACGAGACCAAGUCCAAGGGCGCCCGCUGUCUCCUGGGCCCUACCAUGUGUAUACAGCGGCACCCUCUGGGCGGGCGCAAUUUCGAGAGCUUUUCCGAAGAUGCCUUCUUGACUGGAAAAAUGGCUAUUGCCAUGGUAAAGGGCAUACAGAGCCAGGGUGUGUCGGCAACGGUCAAACAUUUUGUUGCCAAUGAGCAGGAGACGUGUCGCCUCACUGUCGAUACGAUAGUGAGCGAGCGCGCACUGCGUGAGAUAUAUCUGCGCCCGUUCGAGAUGGCAAUCAAAGAGGCAAACCCUUGGGCAGUCAUGACCUCCUACAAUCUCGUCAAUGGAGAACAUGCAGACUCCAAUGCCUUGUUGUUGAAGCAGGUGCUCAGGGGCGAAUGGGGCUGGGAUGGACUGGUCAUGAGCGACUGGGGCGGCACCAAUUCGACCGCUGCUGCACUCAUUGCUGGCUUAGACCUAGAGAUGCCAGGCCCUACCCGAUGGAGACAGCCGGAAGUGGUGAUGGAGGCGUUGGAAUUGGGUGCACUGUCGGAGCAGGUCAUCAACGACCGGGCUCUCCAUGUCUUGGACUUUGCCAAGCGCCUGGGAUGCUUUGAAGAUUCUACCAUUGCAGAGGAAAAGUCUAUUGAUCGAGCAGAAGAUCGAGCCCUUAUCAGAGAAGCAGCAUCAAAAGGAAUUGUUCUGCUCAAGAAUAAGGAUAACACCCUGCCUUUGACCAAGGAAAAGUUACUGGGCAAAAAGGUCGCCCUCUUGGGAUACGCCAAGAUGGGCUUGGCUCAUGGUGGCGGAAGUGCAUCUGUAAAUGCGCAUUAUCGGGUGACUCCUUGGGAUGCUUUUCAGAGGGAACUUGGUGACGUUGUCGAGUUCUCAUUUGCAAAAGGCGCUCAUACCAUGCGUAACCUGCCGCCCAUUACCGAGAACAUCACCGACAAUCAGGGCGGAAGCGGCUUUACCUGGAGACUAUACCAUCCCGGCACGACUGAGCCAGUCCAGGUGGUACAUGGUCACAAGCUCUCCGAGGUAGAUGCCCUCGACAGUCAGCACAUACCCAACAUGGAGGUGAUCCUCGAGGCUACCUAUACCGCCACGGAAACCGGGCCUUGCUACCUGACCUGCUCGGGACUCGGCCCCAGCACUCUGGCCAUCGAUGACAGGAUCGUCUUUGAACAGACUGAGAACUGCAACGACGGCAUGGCCUUUAUUUUUGGUGGCGUACCCGCGGUUGAAUCCGUAGUCGAGCUCAUAGCUGGCCAACAAUAUCGAAUCCGUAUACACACCAAGCCUCCAGUAAAGAUACCCGGUGUCGACCUUGGCAUUCUCGAGGGCAAGAUUGGUGUUCGGGUCGGCCAUAUGCUGGCUAGCGAACACGACAAGGAUCUCCUCACCGAAGCCGUCAAGCUGGCCAAGGCUACCGAUACCGCAAUUGUCUUUACAGGGCACGAGCCUUCGUGGGAGACCGAGGGACAGGAUCAGCUGUCCUUUCACCUGCCAAAGGAUGGCAGCCAGGACCGUCUGGUUUGCGCAAUCGCGGCCGCAAAUCCAAACACCAUUGUGGUCAAUUCGACGGGUGUGCCCGUGGCCAUGCCUUGGCUCGAGGAUAUCAAAGGCCUCGUGCAGACAUGGUAUCCUGGCCAGGAAGCCGGCAACUCCAUUUUCGACGUACUCACUGGCACUCAAAACCCCGAAGGUCACCUCCCUUGCACCUUUUCCAAGAGACUCGAAGAUUGCCCUGCUUUUGGUAACUUUCCCGGCGAGUACGAUGAAAAUCGUCAGCUUACAGUCGAGUACUCUGAGGGUGUUUUUGUCGGGUACCGUCAUUUCGAUCGCCUACCAAGGGACAAGAUUAAUUUCCCGUUUGGAUUUGGGCUGAGCUACACCGAAUUCACGUUCUCAGAUUUCAGUGUCAAGGAAUCGAGCAAGGGAUUUGUGGCGACUGUGAACGUGACGAACACUCUCAGCAGGGCUGGUGGCAUCGCAGUGCAAAUUUACGUCGGCAAAGUCGGUAACCCUUCGACUGACCCCAUCAAGACGCUGGUGGCUUUUAAAAAGGUUACUAUGCAGCCGAAUGAAAUGGUAAGGGUGGACAUGCCAAUCACCAAGCAAAGCUUCUCAGGCUUUGAUGAGGAAACUCGCAGAUGGAUUGUUAGGGGAGGAGAUUACAAGUUUGGUGUUAGCAAAUCAGCGGCAGACCCAGUCUUGGAUCAAAUCAUCUACAUUGAGCCGCAGAUAUUUGCGCUAUAG